AUGGAGGAGCCAGAGGAAUCAGAUACGGAAGAUCAAACUGACAACAUCCAAAGCAGUGAUAUUUACAAAGUACAACUGAAGCGUGAUAGAUUCCUUAAAUCUCUUGCGUUGAGUAUACUAAAAUAUCUCUCCAAAGAUAUUCUUCGUGAAGAAUCAGACUUUUCAUCUAUUAAAUCCAAUGAUACUAUCCAGGAUUGUGAGAUGUGUCAAGAAUGUGAUAAGCCUAUUUUAACAGAAAACCCACCUAGGUCGCUAGUUUUAAACGUUUGUGGUGAUAUAAUCCAUCAGACUUGUGCAGGAAAACCUGAUAAGAGGGGUGUAUUAGAAUGCUCGUGUGGUAUAGCUGAUGAUAAAGAUCUGUCAUUGUCUUCAGAAGAAAUGGACAUAGAUGAGAAGAAUAAUGAGGAUGGGGAAGUAGAAUCAACUCUGCCAGAGAAAACUGACUCAGCUUCUAACAGUAAGAGCAAGAAACAGGCUAAUGAGAAUAUGGAUUCUUCAGCCAGCAAGAAAUUCAAGAAACGUGAUCUAGAUGAGAAUUCCAAUAUUUUAAAAAGACUCAUCCGGGAGUUGUCUUCUGAUACCACUCAAAUUUCAGUAAUUAAGGAAAAGAAAGGUCUCCAAAGAGAAUCAAUGCAAGAAGAUAGAAGUACCCAAAUUUUUUUUGAUUUGUAUUUUAAGAUCACUAAUGCUGAAGAGCGAAAUGAAAAGGCACGCCAUGAACUCAUUAUAGCUUAUUACCACUAUGGAGAGGAACUAGAGAAACGCCUUGUCCAUUAUAGAGAAGGAUACAAAGAACAUGAAGCCCUAAAGAAGCUUUACGAUGAGGUUAAAGAUCAGCUUCCCAAAGAGGUUACCAAAAAUGCUAUUCGGAAGAAAUCGAACAGGGCAAGGAAGGUCUAUGAUCUUUUUUUCUGUAUUACCAAUGAUAAAAUUCAACGGAUGGUAUUCAUCGGAUGA